CAUAAUUUUAAACGUUUAAUAGUGCCGACCUCAAAACCAUAUUCUCAUUAGGAAUUGGAGCGGUCGAAAUCAUAGAAAGUGGCUGAUUAGGGUUCGGCGCAUAGCGCAGCGCAGGGAUGGCAUCCUUCGCAGAGGCUCCCCCUGGCAAUGAAAAGGCAGGAGAGAAGAUUUUCAAGACCAAAUGUGCACAGUGUCAUACAGUUGACAAGGGCGCUGGUCACAAGCAAGGGCCAAAUCUUAAUGGGCUGUUUGGAAGACAAUCUGGAACCACUGCUGGCUAUUCCUAUUCGGCUGCCAACAAAAGCAAGGCAGUGAUCUGGGGAGAGGACGCCCUUUACGAGUAUCUCCUCAAUCCUAAAAAGUACAUUCCUGGAACUAAGAUGGUGUUUCCUGGUUUGAAGAAGCCACAAGACCGAGUUGAUCUUAUUGCAUAUCUCAAGAAGUCUACCGACUAGUUGAAUUGAAAAUCUUUUUGAAAUAUAUUACCUGAUAUGGCAUUAUUUUCAUUUGGGAAAUUAGGCUAAUGCUGAACAGCAGGUUGCUGUAUGAUGAGGUGAUACACAUUCGUUUUUUUUUAGUUAAAAUGAUAAUGAGUUCCCAAAAUGGGUGUUUUUUUCUAUUUAUGUGAGAGGAAGAAUUUAAUGGAACUCCGGCAUUGCAAGUUUAAUUUCA